CUCUCUUACUAGUAUCAGAACCUCCACCCUCUGACACCAUGGUCAACUCCUGUUGUGGCUCCGUCUGCUCUGACCAGGGCUGUGGCGAGGAGACCUGCUGCCGCCCCUCCUGCUGCCAGACCACCUGCUGCAGGACCACCUGCUGCCGCCCCAGCUGCUGUGUGUCCAGCUGCUGCCGCCCCUCCUGCUCUAGUUCCAGCUGCUGUGGCUCCAGCUGCUGCAGGCCCAGCUGCUGCAUCUCUAGCUGCUGCCGCCCCUCCUGCUGCCAGACCACCUGCUGCAGGACCACCUGCUGCCGCCCCAGCUGCUGUGUGUCCAGCUGCUGCCGCCCCUCCUGCUCCAGUUCCAGCUGCUGUGGCUCCAGCUGCUGCAGGCCCAGCUGCUGCAUCUCUAGCUGCUGCCGCCCCUCCUGCUGUGGCUCCAGCUCCUGUGGCUCUAGCUGCUGCCGCCCCUCCUGCUGCCCCUCCUGCUGCCUGCGCCCAGUCUGUGGCCGGGUCUCCUGCCACACUACCUGCUAUCGCCCCACCUGUGUCAUCUCCACCUGCCCCCGUCCCAUGUGCUGUGCCUCCUCUUGCUGCUGAGCCCCCUGCCCUGUGACCACCACCUCUGUUUACCUCUGCCCCACAGAUGUAGACCAUUCUUUUGUGCUAUUAGGACACAUGGAGCAGAAAAGAUGUUCCUCAACUGAAUUGAGCCCUGAUUCCAUUGAGGAACCAGUCAUGCUGUCAAACAAGAUGGAUAUGGUCCAGAGCACUUAUCCAGAAACAGAUUUUACCCUUCAACCUGACAAUUGGUGAACUCAUUCUCCCAACUUCCCUUUCCUAGGCCUUUUCUGUAACCUGAUAUAUUUUUGUACCAAAAUAAAGUUACACUUCCUUGCAUUAACAA